ACUUCGACGUCAUAAUGAAGCUGACGUCAGAGUAAGGCAUGCGCGCGCAUCGCCCAGAUCGCACUCUUUAAGAACCAAGUUUCUAGUCGCUAUACGUGCUGGAAACGUUAAGACUAUUGUACACGUCAAUUUAUCGCGACAAUUAAGUUAUUUCGCGCGCGUGUUUUUGUUUAAAAUUUAAUUGUAGUGCCCAAUAGGAGUCCCUGGAAUAUUUGACAGUGUAUUAUUUGUGUUUGUGAUUGUUCAUUUGUUACCAAGAGGGAUAUAUUUGUGACGAACAGAUUUGAUUCAAAUUGCCAUAAAAUCUUAGAGGAAUGGUUUCACGUAGAAGAAUUUUGUCCAGAUCUCGGGACGACUUACAUAUGGAUUCAAAUUUUCAACCACCUGAGGAUGAAGAGGAUGUGUGGUACCAAAAGGACAAACUGUACAAAGAUCACAUUCAAGAAGUUUUGGAUAAGUGGACACAAAUUGACGAUGAAAUUUGGGCUAAAGUUAUCGUAUUAGAGAGAAACAGAAGAGUAGCGAAAGCAUAUGCCAGAGCUCCUGUUUUAACAGUAAAUGGAUCCGAUGAUGGUUUUGAUGGGUUUCGGAUCGGUUUAUGUGGUUUUGAUAACCCGAUGAGAGAUCAAAAAACAGACGAGUUCAAAAGACAUAUAGGUCAUGGAGUUAAAAUUAAAAUGGAUGAUGCUGGUAACAUAUUAAUUAAAAGAAUAUCAAAAUGCAAUGUGUAUAUAAAGAAUACAGGUCAAGGGGAUGAGAAUGCCAUAGGAAGUGAAAUUUUAAAACUACCAAAUUGUGCCUUGGAACUAGAGAAGCCUGUUAAACUAUUCGAUAUGAAGAAAUUUCAAUCGAAUGUAAACCGAGAGCUCAGAAGGGCCUACCCCGAUCGUAGAAGAUUGGAAUGUCAAUGCCUAAGUGCAAUAAGUUUUGUUAAAUCUGAACCUGAACUUCUCGAAUGUCCCAUAUGGGUGUUGAUUAUAAACGUAGUCGCCAUGGAUAUGCUAAAGUCAAAAUUGCCACCAGUUCAACGAGUAAUGGAUAUCAAAAACAGACCUCGCAUACCUGUGCCUGAUGAAGACCCUUAUAGUGUAGCAGGAAAUGGUAGCGGUUCGUCAGGAAGUUCUGGUUUUGCGAGUGGUAACGUGGCAGCGACAAGGGAACAAUUGCUUCUUCAAAGUCAACAACACGCUCAAAGACGAAGUGAAAAACCACCCAAACUGCCUCCUCGGGAAAAGAUGUAUCCACAUGACAUACCGAAGCCGGACUACGAUGAUCACGUGGAUGACACUAGAUUAAAACCAUUUUUGUCAUCUCGAGGUAAGGAGAAAUCAAAAGAUAACAAAAAAUACGACGAUCCAUAUUAUUGUGGCUUGAGAGCACGAGUGCCAAAUUUUGUUGCAAAAUCAAAAGCUAAGGAUUUAGCCUCUUCGAAGCGUUUCUCUGUUAGUCAACAACAAUCUCAGUCUCAUAUCACACUGAUGUCUCAGCAACCUCAUGUACAACAUCACAUUCAUCCUCAAGCCAUGUGGCACACCAGAAGUUAUGAAAGUGGAAUAGAUUCCGAUGUUAUUGAGUCACCUUACAACCAAAUUUAUGGUCGACUUCCUAUACCAACAAGGGCUUACAUUCCAAAUCAACCACGUACCAUGUAUAUUGGGGAAUGGGACUGACCAUAUUGUAAAUAAUUGAUAAUUGUAAUUAUUUUUGGCAAAUUCUAUCAUAAGUGGUGAAAUUUUAAACGUAAAUAACAAUUUAAUUAUUUAAGAAAAUAUGUAUUUUUUAUAUUACAAUCAAAAAUGUAUUUUUAGAUGUGUACACAAUAGUAAAAGAUAGUCACAUAUGUAACAAUGGCAUACGACUAAUUCUUAUAUCAACUAUCGCGGGCAGAAACACCAUCCUGUUUUAAACCCGAUUCGUUUGCACAGUCACAUCCAGAGCACUUUGUCAUUGUUACAAAAUGUGACGUUGCAAACGAAAUCGGUUAAAAAUAGAGGCAGAGUACUAAAAAGGUAACGGCUGAAAUUAGUAACAGAAUGUGUGGUUUUUGUUUAACCAACAGAUAUAAUCGAUGUAAACUUAAUUAUUAUUUCGUAUGUAAUACCUACCAAAACAGAAUUUUAAAACAAUUUAUAGCAUAAUGAGAUAAACACAUAGAGUGUAUUCCUUAAAGUGCAUUUAACUUAAAACUACAUGAUUAUUAAAUACAUUUCAUACCAUACAUCGGUUUAUGAUUUACAGAGAUUUUAUGUAUUGCACGAAUUUAUAUAAAUUUACAGUUAUGUACACAUUGUAAGAUACUUAUAUAUACUUAAUUGUUAAAUGUUAAUUGUUUGUAAUAUUAUAGAAUUAGAAUAUUCAGUAUUUUCAAUAUUUUAAACAAAUUUCUAUAAAUUUCAGUAUCAUUGCAACAAAAGGAUAAAUUAUCAUGAACAUUAAAACAUUAGGAUAGCUGAGACUUCUAACACGCUUUAUAUGUGUUUAAAAAUUAUUAUAUGAAAAUUUGAUUAGAAUUCAAUACAUAUAGUAAUUAAUAUGAUUCAUUACACGUUGUAUACACAUUAUGAAGACGAAAGUUAACAUUGAAUAAGUGAGAUCCCUCGGAAAAUAAACAUAUUUAUAGUAACAAAUGUUACCUGAAACAAACUACAAAAUAUAUCCAUUAAGUGUUUUCAGAGUGAUUUCAAUGUUCAAUAUUUCUUUUUUCAAAAUUUUUAUCUGUAGUUUAUUUACACUAACUAAAUUGCCCUAAAAAGUAAAACAUAUUUCUAAAUUACAAUUUGGUCCAUUUAAGAAAUAUCCCCUUAAUUAUUUUAUCUACUCGAUUUUAUUUAAAAGUAGACGACUAAUAACAUAAAAGCUCUUUCCUAUACCACUGUUUCCUGCCAUGAAAUAAAAAUUAUGAUGUUCUUUCUGAAAAAAAUACUACCUUCACAAAUCACAUUAUGCUAAUAUCCUAAUAAAUAUUUCUCAUUUUUUAAAUCAUUAAAGUCAUAUUAAAUAAAAAGUUACAGGAGUGUAUAUAUAAUUUAUGUACAUAAAAAAUAAGAUUAAAAUGUGGUUAUAGCAAUAUACAAAUAUUCAAGUAGCUUCUCAGCUACAUUAUUAUUUGGUGCAUAUAAUAAGUAUAUAUUAUAUUGACAUUAAGUAAGCAAUUGUGAUUAGAAAAAAUAAUAGAAUAGGUUUUAUAUUUUUAUAAGCAACUGAAUAUAAUUCGUGUAAAGUAUUCAUAACACUGUAUAUGACAAUUUGUGUAAUUUAUAUAGUAAAUGGUGGUGGAGUGACUUAUGUAUGAAUUUUUUACUUGAAUAAAUUAUUAUUAAAAUAUUA